AUGCAUUCGUUAGCGGUCGAGAGGAACAUUCUUCGCAAGAUGGGGAGGAUGAUUACACAAGACAUCUCGCUCUAUGCAGAAAGGGCUCUCACCAGAUGGGAUACGCCAGGUUUAUCCUUAGGCAUAGCCCGAGUAAAUGAGUCUGGCGAGGUCCGGACAGAGUUCGCAGGGUGGGGCAAAGCGACUGAACACGGCGACAAGUCCAAUGCCGAGACUCUUUACUCCACCGGAUCCUGCUCCAAGGCGUUCACAGCUGUGUCCAUCGGUAUUUUGAUGGAUGACUUCGCCAACGGCCGUAGCGUUGUCCCCUUACCAGCAGGCCUACAAAGUUUCAAUUGGGAUACGAAAGUUCAAGAUCUUUUCCCAGGCGAAUCUGAUUGGUUACUCGCUGACCCUUGGGCCAGCGCAAAGACAAACAUACGUGAUAUAUUGACGCAUCAGACCGGAAUGGGAGGUGACACGGACGGGGCAUCCGCAGUGAUGCGACGCAUGCGCUAUCUCAAGCCCACAUAUGAGUUCAGGACGCGCGCUUCGUAUAAUAAUCAGGCAUGCGCCACUGUUCACCUACUCUGCAUGUACAUGUUAGCGGCACAUAUCGUCGCAACGUACUCCGGAAUGCCGUUCACCGCCUUUCUCAAGAAGCGCAUCUUUGAGCCCCUGGGCAUGUAUUCUACCACUUGUUCUGGAACGGAAGCCAAGGAAUCGGGAAAGCUUAGUCACGCGUGGAUCUCAAACGGACGACGCGUUCCAUACUGGUUCAGAGGUCAGGGGGAAGAAACGAUCGCCCCCGCAGGCGGAGUGAUCUCCAGUGUCACUGACAUGGCAAAAUGGAUUGCGAUGCUGUUGAACCACGGCCUGAACCCUAACACGAGCGACAUCGUCGUUCCGCGUGAUGUCUUAGAGGAAGUCACCAUUGCCCAUUGCAUCACAGAUGCAACCGGUCCUGAUGAGCAUACGUCGAUACGAGGCUUUGGCAUGGGCUGGGUGCGCUAUUCGUAUCUGGGACACGAGGUUGUGUCGCACAGCGGCGGAAUCCCUGGCUUCUCAUCGCAUGUGGCCUUUCUGCCUUCAGAGGGUCUUGGUUUCGUGGCGCUUUCCAAUACUAGCCGCGACCAACAGACUGCGGCACGAGCCAUAGUCUCACGAGCAAUCGAGGAGCUACUGUCACUGGAACGCGCCUCAUAUGCACUACUUGAAGUCCCGACUACGCCAGGCUUAGGAGCUCAGGGUACACAACAGGAGUCACGAGUCCCUGCGUCACUUCCCCUUGAACAAUAUGCUGGAACAUACACUCACGCUGCCUAUGGAAGCAUUACUUUUUAUACACAAAGUACACACUCUACAGACGGCCAGGAUGUCAUCGCUGCAUACGCCGCUUGCUCUGAGCUCGUGGAAGAUGGUUCAGCCCUAUAUGGCGCAUGGCCGCGGAUGUGGUCGUCCCACAUUCGUUUAAGGCAGCACUCGAAGGAUGUAUUCCUCUUGUCCCACUCAUACCUGUUUCCGGAGGGGUAUGGGACUAAUCAUGCGCCGUUCGCAUACCGUCAACUAGGAGACAUGGAGGUCCCCGUGGAGUUCCUGGUGCGCGACGGCGUGGUAGGAUUUGGCAUCCUGGACGUGAUAUUUGACCCUAGAAGGAAGCCGAAGACUGACGGAGAUGUAGAGCAUAGAGCAGACGUAUGUCUACUGAACAGUGACGGAGACGAAGACGCGGAAGCUCUCGCCCUUGACCGUAUUCUGCAUGGACAGAGUGUGAUUGGGAAGACGUCAAAGACAACAGAAGUGGACGCGUUGCGUUUCUCUGACAAAGAUCUGAAUGUAGUCGGGACACUGGAGUACGGUCAAUAUGGGGUGCAAUGCUUCCCUCAACAUGAGCGCGACAUCCUACUACGUGCACGCAAGACUGACUGUGAUUGGGCGCCACAUCUCUUGUGUGCAUUCCACACACCCACCCACAUAAACCUCGUGAUGGACUACGCAGAGGGAGGUACAUUAUGGGAUGUCCUGGAAUCCAGCCCACAUGACGGUAGGGUUCUCGAAUCCGACUUGCGAUGGUGGAUGCCGCAAGUCGUCAGCGCGAUCCACUGGUGCCAUUCGCAGGAUUUCGUCCACAGAGAUAUUAAACCGCAUAACUUCGUACUCACACCCACUUCACGGCUUCUUUUGAUCGACUUCGGUUCGGCUGCACCAUUGCUCCAACCUGCCCCCGAUGGGAGUCAACGGGUACCAAAGCAGUAUUGUCUUGUGCCUUGUGGCACGUGCGAUUAUAUCUCUCCGGAGAUCCUGCAAGCUCACGAAGAGGCGCUUGUCGCUCUAGAGAUGUCCGAGGAUGGAGAGGAGCUGUUGACAAACAGCGGUGGUGGAGGCUAUGGCCGCGAGACUGACUGGUGGAGCAUGGGUGCCAUGUUGUAUGAAAUGGCGUACGGAGUGGCGCCUUUCUUCGCCAAAGAUAUACGUCAGACGUACGCUUUCAAGUACAUUCACCGACGGGCUAAUUCUGACAUCAUAAUACAGAACAGUCUGAAAUUUAACAAAUCUAUUCCCAUAUCAUUGGAUCUACAAGACCUAUUGCGUAGGUUACUGACAAGUGCCGAACUUCGCCUUGGCCGUGAGAGCACAGCCGAGAUUAAGAAGCAUCCGUUUUUCAGCGGCACUAAAUGGUCAAAUCUGACUGACCUGGAAGCAGGCGAAAUACCACAGCCAACUUCAAACUCACAGAAUGAUAUGUCCGAAUCUCGGCCCUUUGCCUUCUCUGGUUUGUUCCAGUCUUCACCCCUCACCAGCUCCAUCCGGCAGGCGACACCAUCCCAGAACAGCGGACGUUCCAUUCUACGCGAGUUGCCAGUGGCUUCGUUCAUCGGCUUUUCUUGGGGACCACCUAAGGAUGCGUUCUCCAAGAAGACGAAGUCGCCUUCUCCGCCUCAGGGUGGUAUCAAUACCCCGCGCCCCCUGCAGCGUCUUUCCGUUCCGUCCACUCCAUUUCCCCGUGUGGUGUCCAAUCCAGUUUUUGGCACUCCCCAUGCACAGCGCUACCCCUUUGCGACCCCUAUCCGCCCGAACGCAAUGACACCAUUUCAAACACUGCCUCGCGCGAGUACGAUUCGCCGCACCGCACAGCGUCGGAUUGUCUCCGACCGCGAAGCUAUGAAGCAGCUCGUUGACUGCGUUGGCAUGAGUGCCCGCAAGCGUGUGCUCGAGAGCGGGCGGAAGCCACGCGUGCUCACGUCUUUCAGCCGCUCUUCCGCGCUCAAGGAGCUGCGCUUCGAUACCUCUAUCGCUAUAGUAGGCGAUGGCGGCAUCUCCUAUAAGCUCGACGCGACUACCGCUUCUACGUCGCAGUCGGAGGACACGUUCGGCGCAUCACUGAUGUCCGCAUCCGCGUCUGCGUCAAACUCAGUAGCAGCAUCUAUGACGGGCAGCAUGUUAUCGCGCACACAGGAACUCCUCGUGCCGGAUCUAGACACGAGUUUCUCCAGUGCGGACACCGAUCUCCCGGCAAGUCCGAGUCCGAGCCCCCGACCGGGUUCAGCAAUGUCGAUGAUGUCGUGGAGAUCUCAAACACCAACAGCCUCGAGCUUCAAUCUCCGCGGGGUGCAGCUCAGUGGGGGCAGGAGGAGAUCCUCUUCGUUAUCUUCGGUUCUCACCCAGCCCAGUUUGCCGGCCUCAAUACCCGAAGUACAUGAGGCCGAGCAUGACCUUAGUCUACCCUUUACUCACGAUUCACUUGAUGACUUUGAGAGGCGACAUGGACGCCUUAUAGAAGAUAUUAUAGGCAUCGAGCGUCGCCUGCGGAAGCUUGCGACGGCGCUCAGAGACUCCCACUAACUUAUAUACUGUGUAGCCACAAGCUAGCGACGCUGUAUUGUAUGUAUCCCCAAGCUUGUCUCAAUAGCAGGCAGUAUAAUCUGUCCA